GAGAUUUACAGGCUGCUGAGCGACAACAGGUGAACGUGAGUUCAAGUAAGAAACGCAAAGGGUUGAGGACGUUGGUGCCGAAUUAAAUACGUGAUGAGAGGAACGUAACACCAAGGAAAUCCUGAGAGUCCCUGGUCAAUUGGAAGAGGAUGGGACGUCCUGUGGUGCUUUUGUUUCCAGUGAGAGGAAACUUCUGUCACUUUGAUGCUGUGUCUUCAUUGGUCCAUUUGGUGUCUUGUGAAGUCUCUCAAGUGUCAACUGAUUGGUCCUUCAGUCCACUGUAAAGACUUGCCAGCCAAUCAGCCUCUGCCUGACAGCGUCUCCUCUGCAGCAAAUUUCUGCUCGGCACAGCAAGACAGCGAGAGAGGGCAGACCGAAGUUCACUGCAGCUGAAUCAGGGACUGAGUGAUCUCCCUUAUGGCGGUGCCCAGGAGGCCUCAGCCCUCCACCUUCACGCUGGCUCUCCUUAAACCUGCCUCAUCAGCUCUGCCUCCCCUUAGAGCUAUACAGAAGGUCAUCAAGAAAGACAAGCUCCAGGAAAAGGAGGGAGCCUCAGUCAAGGAUCAGUUUGGAGAAGAGAUGUUCAGUACAGAGGAGGGGUCUGGUACAUUUGUGUUUCCUGAUGUCUCAGCCAAGACCUCAGAACAUUUAUAUUCAAACGUUUCCUCUGUGGGAUCAAGACUGUCCACACAGGAUAGUUUUACAGAGGAGAGCUCAAUAUCAGAGGAGAGGUUAGCACAGGAGGCUGAAGAGGCCAAAAGGAAAUCUGAGGACGAGGAAGCAGCAGCUAAAGAGAGAGCAGCCCAGAGACAGCUGCUGGCCAUAGAAGAGCUGGUCCAGUCUGAGAGGAAUUACCUUCGACUGCUGCAACUCACUACCUUUACCACCAGGAGCAACCUGCAGCAGCUACAGCCUCCUCCAGCUAACCUGGACAGCAUGUUUCUCUACAUUGAAGAGGUGAUUGACGUGUCCAGUCGACUUCUCAGCCUGCUGGACCAGAAGCAGAUUCAGCCUGGAGACCCGCUCUUCUUAGAGACACUCUGUGACUCAUUCCUCAGCCUGUCUUCAGACAUUGAAGCAGCCUAUAGGGAAUACCUAGCCAACUAUAGCAACAUUACACUGGUGGAGAACAGCUACAAAGAGAAGGAGGCACUUUGGAACGACAUAAUCAAAGUCAUUAAGACCUCGGUACCUGACGUAAACGCCACCUCUCUGACUUUCUUCCUGGUGAUGCCGGUGCAGAGAAUUGCCCGCUACCCCCUCCUGCUGCAGACCAUCCAAAAACACACCGACCCAACUCACCCAGCUUAUGAACUCCUGGAGAAGACUGCUCACACCUCUGUUGCCCUAAACGUUCACAUUAAUGAGUACAAACGCUUCAGAGAAGUCGCUGACAAAUACAAGAAGACAGAACCACUGAGCAUCAAGGACAAAAUCAACCGCCUCAACACCCACAGCAUCGCAAAGAAGACAGCGAGGCUCAGCCAGCAAAUCAAGCACGAGACUGGAAUAACACCUAAGCUGGUCGAUGAGGAGUUUGAUGCCUUAGAAGGUUUAUUUAAUGUUCUGGAGCGUGGGAUCCUGGAUCUUCUUGAGAACGUGGAGACAUACCUGCAUCAUCUUCAGACGUUCCUGGCCUGUAAAACAGAAGAGUUUGACUUUGACAUGGAUGGAGAGAAGGCGCCCAUUUGCUAUAAGGAAAUUGCUACCGCUCUGAGACAGUGGAUUCUUCCUACAUUUGAAAAGAGGAUGCAGACGUUGAUCCACAAGCCGCUGUGUGCACUCCGUGACCUCCUGGUGGGCCCAAGAAACCUGAUUAGAAAGAGGCUGCACAAACUACUAGACUAUGAAAUGAUAGAAGCCAAAUCUAAUCUGAGCUACGAGGAACAGGAUGUGGCCAACACAUAUAGGACAAUCAACACUCUGCUCCUUAACGAGCUUCCUCAGUUUAAUGGCUUGGCUCUGCAGAUGAUGUGGAGCAUGUUGGGGACAUUUAACUGUCUGCACAGAGACCUGGCCACAGACAUGGAGCAGCUGUUUCAGAGCUUUGCACAGCAGCUGCCUCACAGCUCUCUAGACCACAAUGCAUUCUGGGUGUGGGCAGAGUCUGAAGUGUUAGAAGGGGCGAGGAGGCUGGAGACUUUGUGUCAAAGUGUGGAGGAGACGCUCAAUGCACCUGUUGUCCAGCCCCUGAGCCCGUCCUCUCAGUGCCGUCUAAAGCAGCUAACAGAUAAGCACGGUUCUGGAAAGAUCUACCAGGUGGCGGGGCCAGUUGUCGGCACCCGAGACCUGGACCUGAACCUGGCUAAAGGGGAGCUGGUUGCUGUCAUCAGUGAGAUUGACACCCGUGGUGACAAAAAGAGGUGGCUGGUUGACGCAGGAGGUAGAAGAGGCUACGCUCCGUCCUCAAAGCUGAUGCGCUAUCAUCAGCCAACAGAGGGCCCACCCCCUUCGCCACACCUGACCCUACCUGAAGGUGUGACAGGAUUCAGAAGACACUCCUACACACCGGAGACCCGGCCGCUGACAGUCAGGAGCCAGCCUGUUGUCCAGGUGCUGGCAGCCUAUGACUUCACGGGGAGAGGAAAACAUGAAGUGUCUGUGCGGGCUGGCGAGCCAAUUCGUGUCCUGGAGCCCCACGACAAGAGGGGGAACCCUGAAUGGAGCCUGGUCGAGGUGAGAGGUGGGAAAAAGGGCUAUGUACCUUCCAACUACCUCACAGUCAUGCCCAUGGGGAUGGCACCACCUAGCAGCUGCUCGCCCUACUUCUAGGAAGGAGGGAAGGUGUAACGGGAGCGAACAGCAGCAUGCGCAAUAUCAGCAUGUCCAAAAUGAUGAGGGGUUGUUAAAGGUAUACAGCAGUAUUGUCAUAUUAAGGCUGUGUCUGCUUCUCUGACCUCAUGAAACAGCAGCAUUGCGACAUAAGUUAUUUUGAUUUUAAACAUUUUAUUUUCAAAUACCAAAAACAUGAAGUAUCUUAUGAAAAGAGCUCAUUGAGCUGAAGAUAACAAACAAAUCUGUGCUUUUUAACAAUGCAGGACCAUCUGUGUCAUAUGAUAAUGCAACUGUGUGAAAAUGGCAGAAAACAGUUGGUUUUAAUUUAAUGUUAAUAUAUUUGACAGAGGUAAAAAAUGAAGGAAGCAGCAGCUUUUGAGCAGUAGGGAUUCACAACUUCUGUUUGGCUGCUGAGACGGAAUUUAAACUUGUACCCUAAGAAUGAAGGACAAUCUUCUUGUUGCACUGAAAAGUGUUUGUGCUGCAGAGCACCACAGACAAUGUGAGAAUAAAUUUGAAGGCGUGCGGGAGUCGGCUGAGUUGUAUGAGACAAGUCGACUCAUAUCCCAUGAUCCUUAGCAGGAGAGAAGGACACUUGGAUUGAAAGAGAUGGACUACAGUAGUUAGCGUUUGUGCGUUAGCAAGCUAACUGCGCAACACACACACACACACAGAGUGAGAGUGUGUGUGCAUGUGUUCUGAAAUUGGCUGACAGGUGACUGUGUGUGUGUGCGUGUGCGCACUGAGUCGUCGUCUCCUCACCUGGAGGCAGGUGCAGCACUCUAUCGACACUGACAGGAACACAGCGCUCUCAUCAUCUCCGAUUGUAUAAUGUGAUGCAAAUAUAAAAUGUCUCUGGGACUGAGUUGAGAGCGACGAGGUGAUGGAGAUGUAAACAGAAAGGAAGGAAUUCAUACGGGGAAGAACUGAAAGAGCUGGAGAAAUGGACUAGAGAUGUGAGAAGUGAUAGCAGGCAGGGAGGAGGCAGAGUUAUUCUGUUAGUUUCAACCUGUUUUCCUUUCACUCUUCUUUCUUCUCUCUGCCCUUAAGCUGAUGUAAGUUCACUCUUCUCAUUGUACAUUUCACACUGUGUGUGUAGAGGAAAGGUGUCACCGCUGUGCUUGAAUUCUCUCAGUUCCUGUUACAGUUAGAGGCUAAAUUGUGCCUUAAGGUUUAAAUCAUAUAAAGUAGUACAAACAGAACCGUUUUGCUGUUUCACGAUCUCCCUGCACUCUUAAUGGUCUGAGUACCUCCUCUAUUUUGACUUGUAGAGGCCAGUGAAUGGCUCUUCUAUGAAUUUUAUUUCUGUGCUUUAAACUUUAAGUUAUAUCACUAUAAAUGAUGGGUUUUUUUUGAAGAAAACUCCAAAGAUAUGUGCAUUAGGACUAA